AUGGUUGGUGGACAGUUGAUGGAGCAGGAGGAAGCUCGGAGGCCCCCCAGCCACUCUGCUUCCUCGGCCGGGCGGCACAGGUGCCGUUUGCUAAGCGCCGACAGUUCAAACACCACAAAGGCCCUUGCAGCAAAGACUGCAUCUUUCUCCGGCUUCCAAAGCGACACGUGCCUUUCUGUGGGACGCUAUUCUCAUGCAAGGCCUCCCGGAGCUUCUGCAUCCUCCACGAAAGGCCGAGCGGUUCUGCCGGGUAUCCUGGACGGUGGUAUGCAAACCUCCGAAAUGUUGGCGCUGCCCUCUGGAGAAGUGGGGCUGUGUCCUACCCGUAAGCGAAAGAGCCUGCCAGCAGCAGAGCCCUCCUUUUCUCACCUUGUGGACUACUGCCUCCCGCCCGCGCAGGGGUUGCUGCAGAUUCGUUCGUCGGCUCCAGAUGGCCACUGCGGCACAGAGGAGACGCAGCCUCUCAACGGAGAGGCUGGGGAUGCAGCAAUGGCUGCAAAUAGCUCCAGUUCCCUCACCAGAACGGGAGAGCUCUCCACACCCCAGAAGACAUGCAAAAGGGGUGGUUACAGGGCGUCCACGCAGCUGUUGCAGUUGCCACUUGCUGCCCUAAACAGCAGCAAGGGCCGCCGUCCACAGCUGCUGUCCCCCUCACUCUUAAGACUCAUGGAUGUAACGAACUCGCCCCUUUCCGUGAUCUCACAGGCUAGCACCUGCGCCCUGCUCUCUUCUGCCUCGUCACUAGACAGUUGCAGCCAGCCCGCAACUCCGAAUGCGGGCCUCUUGGAUUCGGGAGCGUACUCUCCCCUUCCUCUUGCAGUUGCGCCAGUUGCCCACAAGGUGGCAGGACGACAGGAUGCAGCAGCUGAAGUCUCGGGAGACGAAGGGAGUCGCGGCGCUCGUCUUGACCGGAGGGCUCGGUGUGAUUACGAAGUGUAUGUGUACGGAGCAGCGGAGGAACAGAAUUCUAACACGGCUGCCGCUCUUGCCGGCCUCGCCCUAGCUGGAACGGCGCCAACAGUCGCGAAGGCUGGUGAUGAGCCUUGCGUCACAUCUACUCCCGUAAUGCACACCACAAAAGAGGCGGCCCUCUCUGAGGAGAGCACCGUGGCGACUGCGUUCCUCUCGAGCCCGUCAACAACUGCCUCACUAUCCCCUUUGAGACUACCCAUCCCGGCUCGGGGGCUGCGGAGGCUUCAGCAUCCACGACUGCAACAGGCCAAGUCGGCGCCAGCAGCAGAAGAACACGACGAGGGAGGCAACACAAACCCCCCUCGUUCGCUCCGCCGCCUGCAACUGCCGAGACUGAGGACUCCCUCAGCUCCUGGAGGGCCCAAUCUGCACGAACUACGGGGGGGAAAGGACCUCAAGGGGGGCGGAAUUGCAGGUCACAGUGGGCGGGGGGUGUUAGCUUCUUCAACUUCAGUAGCGGGUGCACUGGAGUCUUUGUACAGCCCAAUUGAGGGAUCUUUCGUGUCGCAGUGUGUUGGCUCCAAAGAGCGUGCCCCACGUUGUGCUGACUACAGCCAUGAGUCUCCCAGUGUUUCCGGGGUUGCGAGAGGCGGCCUCCUAGAGGACGCCUUCGAGGCAGCGGCGCACGCAGCGCACGUGGCAGCACAUGCAGCGGCCCGUGCUGCGGCUCAUGCAGCGGCGCAUGCAGCACUUCUGAAGCGCAAAGCUGCCGAGGCCUACUGGUGUUGGAGGAGUAACCCCGAGGCCAGUUUCAGUGUGUAUCCGGACUUGGACAGAAACAUCCAUCUAGAGUACAAUCUGUACUGUGCUGCGUGGCCCGAGGAAGGGCAUCUAGAGGACUCUAAAGAGAUGUCUAUUUCUUCUACGGCUUGCUCUUCGCAAGAGACCGCAAUCAUAGUAGGCGGGCCUGCUGCGUCGGCGGGUUCAGUGAACGAGGCGAAGGGGGGAGGAGUGCAGGUGCCUCAAGGGCACCUGGUGUUGGGUGAGGGUCGAUACGGAAAGGUCGUAUUGGCCGAGAAUAGAAGAACGCACGAAAUGAUGGCGGUGAAGAUGCUGGACAAGAGGCGAGCUCUCACUGACGAUUCGUGGGACUGCAGGCAGGAACUGGAGGUCCACAGACGACUGCCUUGCCAUCCGCAUGUGGUGUCGGUCCUGGACGUGUACGAAGACAGGAAGAGCCUUUACAUCGUGAUGGAGCUCUGCGACAGAAACACCUUGGUUGAUCGUGUUGUCGCAGAUGGUGCAUUUACUGAAGAGCAGGCCAAGCUUAUCUUCGCACAACUCUUGUCUGGCGUAAUGCAUUGCCACAACAACAACAUUGUCCACCGCGAUUUAAAACCCGAAAACGUAUUGUUUGCGCGGGAGGCAGACAUUGGCAAGUACCCUCUGCCGGCUAAUGAAUUCCUGUCAAGGGCUUCGGGGGCUUCUGGAAGUUCCCCUGUCCAGUGCGCCGAUUCGCGUUUCUCUAGUGAAUUUGACGGCCAGGGGCGGCCUCCUGCUCCCCUGCGGUCCACACCCAUUGUGAAGAUUACGGAUUUUGGCUCUGCCUGCUAUGCAACCCCCGGAGAGCUAAGUGGCACUGCCUGCGGCACGAUUCACUAUCUGGCCCCAGAAGUCUUGGCUGGUAAUUACUACGAUGGAUUUUUGAGUGACGUGUGGAGUUUGGGAGUAAUCCUUUAUAUUAUCAUUUCAGCCACCCCGCCCUUCUUCGGCGAGUCUGAUGGGGAGGUGGUUCAGAAGAUAGUGGCGGGGUCCUACUCAAUGAGCGGCUAUCAAUGGCGAAGCGUCUCAGAAGAAUGCAAAGACAUUAUCAGGCGACUGCUAACUGUUGAUCCGCGCUGCAGGAUGUCGCUGCAUGAGGCCAUCGCCCACCCCUGGAUAGUCCGAAUUACAGGGAGUCUGAGCUGGCCUCUCUCAUUUUUUGACUGCGCGUGCUGUCUCACGAGGGAUUCUUACGAGGAGAUUGAGGAUGAAGGACCCAUCAACGGGGACUACGCGGCAGUUUGCUGUUGUGGGAAAUGUCAUGCAAGCAGCAGCGAUGCAUCAGCUCUGGUCUUGAGCCCCCAAUUUGCCGCAUACUGUGCCUCCCCCAUUGCCUCUGGUUCAUGGGGUUCUGCGCAUCCCUGUGGAUUUCAGUGGCCUAGGAACUGA